AUGAAGUCCGCUCAGACCGUUGAAGGCGCCUAUUGGAUGAUGAUGCAUGAUGGGCGGUGCUUUGAAUGGUCGCCGCGUCUUCAUGAAUUCGAAAAGCAGGAAGCUCAAGAGUUACUUGGAAACGACGGUACGGAGUGUACUCGCUGGAUGCAGAAGCCUCGGCUGACAAUCUUUCGGGUCGCAGUCAUCGCAGUUUUAGUUGCGCGUCAGAUCCCAUUCCCUCAGUCGACAAAAUCCAUAAGUGACCUAACCCUUUUCGUUUUCGUCUUUACAACCCUUCCCGCGUCAUCAUUUCUCUCAGUCAACGCCCAGAGGGGCAGGUUCAUCGUCGAACAAACUACGGUGUCUGAAAGCGCCCAUUUUGCCUUCUGUAAUUGUCCCAACGCCCGUUUCCAAACCCACAACCUUCGUUCCGGAGACAGGGUUACUUGGAGGCAGAGUCCGACACGGUAG